AUGCCAGACGACGAGAGUUACAGCGAGCCUGAUGCCAUCAUCCUCGAUCGAGACGACGUGAGCAACUACAAUCCCGACAACAUUCUCCCCAAGUCGAUAGAAGAGAUCAAAAAAAUUCGAGAAUGGCUUGAGCCAACGUCUUAUACUAUUGCUGGCGGCGAGUUCCGCAAGCAUCUUGCGUCCCACGCACCGGGGACCGGACAAUGGCUUGCCUCUACCGACCAGUAUCAGCGAUGGCUUCGAGGAGACGAUGAGUAUGGCCUGCUUUGGAUUAAAGGCAUCCCUGGAUCCGGCAAAUCAGUUCACGUCGCCAGAUUGAUUGAUGGCCUCGCUAGAGAAAAUCCUGGCUGUCCAGCUCUUCUCCGGGAUUGGAUGGACCAAGUUCUUCGAUACAGUCCACCACUGCAACACCAGCUUUUGACGUAUAUCGAUGAUGAAGUACCACUGAGCUCAUUGUCCAUUGAAGACCUGCUCAAAGAUCUGCAGAUGGCAUUCCGAGCUCUGCCUGACAAGGUCUUCUGCAUUGCUGAUGCGCUCGAUGAGAUGGACACUGGGAAUGAGGCAUUCCUUCAGGCAAUCGGGUCGCUUAGCCAGUGGAGGCCGCACAAGGUGAAGGUCUUGAUCUCGAGUCGACCUGUUCCAAAGGUCGAGGUCCAUCUCCGCCAGAUACCAGCCUUCCAUAUCCGCCUUGAGGAGCGACUAGUUGAUCUUGAUAUCUCGACUUAUGUGAAUUCCGCGUUGUCAGAGUCUCAUAUCCCUAAAAGCGAGUGGAGUGAAAUCGCAAACGCCAUCCCCGGUCGAGCGAACGGUCUCUUCCUAUACGCAAGGCUAGCUAUGGAGGCCUUCCUCGAGCCAGGUGCCCACAUCGAGACCGUGUUGGCACACCUUCCUUUAGAUCUUAAUGUUCUUUAUACCGAUCUAUUGCAGGAACAUGCCAGGCGCUCUGGUAUAUCCUCGAGUGUUCAGCGCCUUAUCCUCCAGUCUGUCACGCAUGCGACAAGGCCGCUACGACUACUCGAACUCGCCGAGAUGUGCAGGGUAAUUAACUCUGUUGGUUCGGGCCGAGAUCUGACGGCUAUGAAGGACCUUAUCAGGACUGCGUGUGGGCCCCUUCUAGAGAUCUUACCGGACGAGACAGUGUCAGUUGUUCACCAUUCCUUCACCGAGUACCUUAAAAGGACUACGCGAGGCGAUGAUAAGAGCGGCUAUCCAGUGCUGCGUCCCGGACCGUCUCACGCUCAGCUCGCUUUAUCAUGCCUGCGGUAUUUGCUGGUGACUUGCUGUCUUGAUGAAGUCGAGAUCACAAUUGAUGACACUGACGAGAGUCCGGGCUACGAUGACAACUCGCAAUGGUGGGGCAACUCCGACUCGGUUUCACAUGACAUACGCGAGCUACGUAUCAGGUUUCCUUUCUUUUUCUAUGCUACUCGCAACUGGCACUUUCACAUUCGAAGUUCCGAGGCAGACUCUUAUGCGCAAGAUGAGAUCAACCAGGUCCUCGAGCAGUUUCUCAGCGUCGAUAAGACUAUCAAGGCAUGGCUCGAAGUGGUAUGGCCUGGCUAUGCAUCGAAUGCACGAAAGUUUUCGGCUCUACACCUCGUAAGCAGAUUCGGACUCAUAGCAUAUGUAAGGAAGCUUGUUGUAGGCUGGCCUGGGAAUGUGAACGCCUGUGAUAUUACGGGGAAAACACCACUAUGGUGGGCUGCUUCCGAGGGCCAUGCUGCUACAGUCGGCGAACUGAUUGCUGCAGGCGCUGAUCCAAAUCCUCUCGAUAACUCCAUUGGGAGAAAGCCACUGCAUGAAGCUGCUAGUAAGAAUCAUCACACGGUUGUCAAGGUUCUACUAGAGGCUGGUGUCGACCCUCUGGCACCACCAAGUCCUAGCGACGAAGAGAAGGCCAAGAAGCAUUGCAACUGGAACAUCCAAAAACCGGCCCUCGAAUACGCAUGUGAACACGGGCAUGUCGAGGCAGUCAACGCAUUCUUGCCACAUAUUGACCUGACAGCGAUGCAGGGCAGCCUGACUUGGGCUGCACUCGCGGGGCAACCCCGAGUAGUCACAUGCAUGCUGUCACAGCCUGGCAUAGAGAUCGACUAUAUGGAUCAUGGUAGCACUGCUCUGUUCAGGGCUUGCUGGAACAGAGACCUGGCUACUGUAAAGGCUUUGCUUGAAGCUGGAGCCAACCCAAAGCUGUUGAACGAGUGGGGGGAAGCUUCAGAGCCGAAGCAGCCAGAAGCCUCGAAUUCCCAAUUCACAUAUCUCCAUGCGGUCUGUGGCCUACCAGGUGGAUCGGAUUCCCAUCAUGACUGGGACGAUGAUGACAGUUGCGAGAUGGCCAGACUUCUCAUCAAGCAUGGCGUUGAUAUUCAUCAUCAGGCAGAGGAUGGAUCAACUGCCCUGCAUUGCGCCGUCGAGAAGUCCUAUUAUCUAGCCCGACUUCUUUUGGAAUCCGGAGCCUCAGUUCAGGUUGUGGACUCUAAAGGUCGGACGCCGCUUCAUCGCUGCCGGGUUCCGGCUUGCGUUCCUCUCUUGGUGGAAGAAGGCGGCGCCGACGUCGAUGCACAGGACGUGUAUGGGAACACACCCCUUCUCGCGACUCUUAGUGAGCACAAUCACGAUUCCCAAAUCCUGCUGCUCUUGGAGUACGGUGCGGAUGCUGGGGUUCUUACCUCGGCCGGCGAGAGCACCCUUCACGUAGCCCUCAAAUCCCAUUACGCGACACCGAACAUCGUCAAGGCGCUCCUUGAAAACGGUGUCGACCCGGAUAGACGUAAUCGCCAAAAUGAAACAGCCUUGAUGAUUUCAUUUGGAUCUCCAGAUGCUGACAAGAUCUGGGACUUACUGCUGGCAGCGGGUGCAGAUAUCAAUGCGCGGGACCGUGCAGGACGCACUGCCCUAUGGCACCAGAUUGCACUCAUGCCAAAGGCGAAAGAUGACGGUCAAGACUCGCAUGAUGUUGUUCAGUUUCUUCUUGAUCACGGAGCUAACCCCCGUUCGCGAGACUUCAGGGGAAGAACUUUGCUGCAUGAGACUAUUAAGAAGCGACCAUCCAGCUUCAGCUCAAGAUCUAGCUCCAGGGACGAUACAGACAGUCCGUGGUUCGAGUUUCUGCUAGGUAUCGGCCUUUACCAUACUAUAGUCGAUUACGACGGAAACUCACUGCUUCAUGAGCUCGCAGCCAGAGAGGCAUCAAGGUAUCCGUAUGUUCGGGAAUGGGUGCUUCCGCUAUGGGAGCGACUUGUCUGCACCUUGGGUCUAGAUGUCGACCAGCAGAAUCAUCUGGGCCGCACCCCCCUCCACAUUCUCUCUGAUGCAUACUCUCGGCCCGGUAAACGUCGCGAUGACAAACCUGAGCCUAUCGACUUUCUUAUCAUGCGAAUGAAGAACGUAGAUAUUCCAGACCACACCGGCCAAACAGCAUUACACAUCGCCUCGACUCGAUCGGAGUAUUGUACCAAGAAACUCUUGGACGCCGCCCUCAGUCCUCUUGCCACUACUUACGAAGGUCUUACACCAUUGCAUCUGGCCGCUCGCGCGCAGCAGAGCAACAUCGUCGGCAUGCUUGUGCGUUCGCUGCAGAAAUCAUCACACCCGAAGUCACGCACAGAUACAGACACCUCUGUCCAGAAUGACGCCGAUGAUAGAGUCGGGACCAAUGGCAUCAACGCAAGAGAUGAAGAGGGACUUAGUUCGCUCUAUUACGCUGUCCGAAGCGGGAGGCCUGAGACUGUCAAGAUUCUUCUCGAAGCAGGGGCAAAUGCCAAUACAGGCGGCGAUUUGUUCCAAGCCUGCAGUGAAUUCGAAGAUAAUAACGUCUUUCGCGCUGCGACAUGCCACGUCAAUCAUGAUCCGCUAACUCAGAGGGAGACUAAGGGAGAUGCUUCAGACCCAUAUGAGGACGCCUCCCCAUUCACGUCCGCCAAGCCUGAGUUCUCUGCCAUUGAGACUAGCCGACUAGAAGAGAUUGUGGCAUCGUUAGUUGACUAUAGAGUUGACGCCUCCCAGCUCAGAUCGAAGGAACAGUCCCAUGAUGUUGGACUUAUCCGUAGGUGUAUAUGGCACGGCAAGGCGUAUACCGCUAGCUGUCUUUUCGACCGAGUUCCCCUUUCUCUCUGGACCGAACCAAGCAUGUCAGCCGUUUAUACGGCCCUCCUUGCGACGAGCGCCCCGGCGUACGAUUCUUCGGUCUCGUCCAGAUACUCUAUACCAGCUUUGGCCGGAAGGCUAAGCCGCAUUGAAUUCAACCUCUUCAUGCGACAAAGGCGGUAUCACCUCGUCAAAGAGCUUGCCAAGCGCGGAAUGAGAUUUCUCCCAAAUCCUCAAGCUGAAUACCAUUUUAGUCACUUUGCGAUUCUCGUUCGAUUUGGUUUUACCCGGCUAGUCAAGAGGAUUGGGAUGAUUGAGGCGGAACGUGCACUCGGUCAAGGUGAUUGGCAUGCUUUUGGAGAUAGUUCCAAAGCGGGGCUCUGGUGCGCCAAUCGACCGGCAAACGAGAAGAAAGCGGAGGGAAGAGAUCUGCAUGGCUUCAACCGAUCAGAUGAACAAAACAUCCCGAAGCCUUUUAUUUUGGAAGCAGUCGAGUGUGACCUUCCCAACCUCGAUGUUGUCAGAUUGCUGGUGGAGGACUUUCAUGUCGACGUGAAUGAGAGGACCUGGGAUUCGGAUUAUACCGAUGAACGCACGCAACUCGCAUACGGCGACUCUACGCUUCACUACGUUGCCGAAGGUCUGCACUGGUGGCAUGUCCACCAAGCCUUGAAAUAUCUCCUCAAGGUACCCGGGAUCGAUUUGAACCUCAGGAUCAAGGGCGGUCUGACGCCUCUCCACGUGGCAAUCGGAGGCAAAGAGUCUUUCUACAAUCUUAAGCCUCGUCCCCAUGCUUAUGACUCAAUGAAACGUCUGCUCAGGGCUGGAGCAGAUGUCCACCUCAAGACAAGGAGUGGCAAAAGCUGCCUCACCUUGGCCACGUACGAUGUCAAGAUGGUACGGCUGCUAAUUAAGCACGGAGCCAUAAUAUCACCUGGUGAUGUCGUGUCAGCGGUCGAAGCCGGUCGAGUUGAUAUAUUACGCAAGCUUUUGCACGCGAAAAAUGAGGAUGGACAGGAUCCCGACUUGAACUUGGAUCCAGCGCUACACGCAGCAGGCAUGCUAUUCAGAAAGCCGGAUCCAGAGGACGGCUUCUGGAGCCCGUCGGUUGACAAUGCGAUUGUUAUUGAGAUGAUUAGGAUCCUCAUCGAUCACGGAGCGAACCCCCUCUCAAACUACCUCAUCCGAGAAAAAGAUGACGUCUCAUGUGCAAAGCCUGAAUACAUUCACUUCAAGAAAGGCGAAACGCGCCCCGAGGCAAAUGCUGACGAUUUGGAAGUGACUUUAAUACACCACUUGAUUCUGGUAAUCAGAGAAUUCCAAAUUCAACCGUUCCUAGUGCCCGGAAUCGACGUCAACCAUAGAGAUCCAAAAGGACUCACACUCCUGCAUGCUGCCUGUAGGAGCGGGGGGAUGAUCGAUAAGCCAUUUACCGAUGGAGGAAAAGAAACUAUCUUCCACCACCUGGUGGCCCUCGGCGCUGAUCUUACCGCACGAGACAAUCUUGGUCGAACCGUCCUUACAUCCCUACUUUGGAGCUACUCGAUCACCACACCUGGGUUGAGAGCGACGUUGGACGACAUGAUUCGCCUAGCGCCGAUGCUAGUACAUGAUGCCGAUGACAGCCUUGGCGAUACACCGCUGAUAUAUGCUAUUCGUCGUGCCGUUGAGUUUGAGGCCGACACAGAGGCUGUGCAGCGGCUUCUAUCAACAGGUGCGUCACCCCUUGUGACAAACAAGAACGGCGACGGAGUGCUGCACAAGCUGGCAGAAGAUCUCGGCACACCGAGACUCCGUCAACUAUUUCGAGAUUUGGUCCGUCGCGGAGCCGAUAUCAACGAGCGCAAUUCUAAAGGCGAGACUCCGCUUUUCAAAUUCGCUAAGCGAUACCCGCAAGACCCCGACAAUAGAUACAAUCGGGACUAUUUUAAGCAAAGAGUUCGGGGCGACGCAUACGAGGUGCCGCGAGAGCAGGGUGCCAUAGCUCUGCUGCAGGAACUAGGCGCCGAUUUCUCGGCCAAAGACAAUGAGGGUAGAGGGCUGCUACAUGUCGCAGCCACCGGGGACGUGGUUCGGUUUCAGGAACUAAUGGCCGCUGGAUUGGAUCCGAUGAUGGAGAACAAUGCGCAACAGACGGCGAUUGAUGUAGCAGCGGCUUGCUCAAACAAUAGUAUCCUCGAGAUAUUUGAGAAGAAGGCAAGGAGGUAG